AUGAUGGUCCAAAGUCUAUCCGAGACAGCCGUGUGCAAGAUUUUCCCAACAACACUGAAAGGGCCAGUCGCGAUCUGGUACCAAAGUCUGAAGGAAGGAUCGAUUCACAGUUUUGACGAGUUGGCGGAGGCCUUCCGAACUCACUUUGCACCGAGCAUACAAAGGAAGAAAAAGUCUAGUGACCUCAAGUUGUGCUACAAGAAACCGGGUGAAAGCCUAAAAAAAUUUGUUACCAGUUUUAACGAAGAGGCCAUACUGGUAGAAGACCUGAACGAUGACACAUCCAUUGACGCCAUGAAGGACCACACCACCAUGAAUACAUUCCGAGACAACUUAAUCACAAACCCGGUGGAAAUAUAUCCUCAACUUAUGGAUUAA